GUCUCCCAUCCAGGACGCUUUUCGCGACGUUCCCCAUCUCAAUUAGCCGCGAGAUGAGUGGAGGUGAGCUCCCGAAGAGUCUGCUGCGGGCUUUCGCCUCGCUCGGGAGCAUUCCACGAUCACAAAUACGCUCGAUACCAUGUUCCAGGAGAGGCUUCCAUCAGUCCACAUCAAAAUACUUUGCGACAGGCGCAAUCCGACGAGCCGAAACCGUCGAUGAAGUCCCUCGUAGCAACAUUGCUGCACCGCCUAUUUCCUUUUCCGAAGACACUCAAGACAUCAGUUCAAUGGAUCCAAAGCAAGCCGAAGCCGCCAGAGAAAAAGCCGAAGAGGAAGCCCAGAAGCUCUUAAAACGACUUCGUGUCGUGCCCGCCUCUGCCUCAUACUUCAGCGCAAAGCCUGAGGCCACGGACGACUUCAUCACGCUAGACGCGCUUCUACGGAAAUACUCGACGCUGCCAGUUGUGCCGCCAGGACAUGCACCGCGAGUAGCGUGGAAGGGCAUCCACCAUUACAAAGUCAAGGUCAACGAGCCCAUCGGGCCGGCAAGAUAUGCUAGGAUUAUUGCUAUUCUCCACCGGCUGAAUCACAUCCAUCCGGCGUUGAUGCCAGAAGAGGUCACAACGGCUAUGGCGAAGUUCAAGAGGGAUAUCAACCCGCACGAUAUAAAGCCAAGGCCGUCGGUCAUUGAUGAAUGGGGGAGGUCAAAAGGAGUUGGACGGAGGAAGACAUCAUCGGCAGUGGCAUGGUUAGUGGAAGGCGAUGGCGAGGUCCUGAUCAACGGGCAGACGUUGGCACAGAAGUUCGGUAGGCUGCACGACAGAGAGAGUGCAGUGUGGGCGUUGAAGUCUACGCAGAGACUCGACAAGUACAACAUCUUUGGGCUCGUUAAAGGUGGAGGUGUGACCGGCCAAGCCGAAGCGAUGGCGCUGGCCGUUGCGAAGGCGUUGCUCGUUCAAGAACCUGCAUUGAAACCAGCGCUAAGGCGAGGUAAGCCACCCCCGUAUUUCUUCUAUUCCGUCCUUCUAUUGCGCUGGGCGGAUCGUUUCUGCGACGCCUUGAGACGCGGAGUUGCCUUCCUUGGGCGGGCGGGUACAGCCGCAAUGUCGCUCCACCUCUGCAUAUGAACGCUCCGACCACCCUGCUGGCUUAAACAAAUGCUAAUCAAAUUGUGUCCAACAGCUGGCGUCGUGACUCGCGAUCCAAGGAAAGUCGAGAGGAAGAAGCCCGGGCGCAUCAAGGCGCGCAAGAUGCCUACGU